CUGCGCUUACUGGUUGCGUGUAUGGUACUAGCGCCGGCUGACUCUAUGGAUAUUCUGGCACAUGUCCCCCAUUGGGGAUACAGCCAUAAGGAAAGGAAGGAAGGACUCUAUGGAUAAUAUAAAAGCAAAGAAAAAUCAAUAUUUUUGGAAAUUUAAUUUGUUUAUAAACAUCAGUACGUGGAAAGCGUUAACAUUCCGAUUAACAUCGUGACCUAACCUAUCCUGAGGAUCAUGCUGUAUAAUUGAAAGAUGCAGACUACUAAAGAAGUGAUUGUGACCAGCAACAAUUCAGAUGAAUCAACAAAUGCAGCUGUAUGGGAUCCAUGUACAGGAUCUUUACUAUCAUCAUACAGAAACGGUGGACCAGUAGGAUAUCAUACUCUACAGAUACUAAAUGGUAGUUACAUUCUGGCAGCAGAUUCGACAAAACCAAAACUUUACAUGUGGCCAUUGAACAGUCAAACACCUGUGUCUAAUAUUCGUCUAACAACUCCUGGAAAAGUAUCAGCUCUUUCAUGUACGCCAAAUGGCUUGUACAUAGUAGCUGCGAUCAGCGAGAAGUUAUUUAUAUGGCAAACUAAUAGUGGUAGACUUCUGACUACACUAGCUCGGCACUAUCAGACUAUCACAUGUUUGAAAUUCACUCAAGAUGGAUCAACGUUUGCUACUGGCGGAGAGGAUGGUUUAGUGUUCAUAUGGUCCCUGAGCAAAGUGAUUAAUCACAAAGAGCAACAAAGUCCAAGCCACAGCUUUGCAGAGCAUACUCUACCCGUAAAGGAUUUGCAUUUUGGUCAAUUUGGUCCUCAUUCACGUCUCAUUUCCGUUUCUUUAGACCGUACAGCUAGAAUAUACAAUUCUGUCAGUGGAAUUUUACUCUUAACUUUAAUAUUUGAUGUUCCACUCACCUCCGUUACCACGGAUUUAAAAGAAACACAGCUUCUUGUUGGCUGCUCUAACGGAACGAUUAUAAAGAUAAAUUUAUACGAUCCACCACGAGGUACGGAUCAUUAUGUGGACACCGAAAAAAAUAACAGUGCCAUCUUUCGUGGACAUGAAUCUAACGUGGUAGCUCUGUCAGUAUCGAACGAUUGUAGAACGUUGUUAUCAGGAUCUACCGAUGGUGCACUUCAUCUCUGGGACAUACCCAGUCGCCAAAUAACGAAAACCAUUCAACACAAAGGUCCCAUUACUACUGCAUUUUUCACGAAAGCCUUCGUGAAUUUUCGAGCUCAAGAUCUUCAUCAAAAGAUCCUGGUGAAGAGUCUACAAAGAAUAUCAGAUGAUUCUAGCAAAGACGACUUUAUUGAAAUUGUAUCGAGUCAUAACGACUCUCAUUUACUUGAUUAUGAAGCUUUUAUAGGUAAUGAGAAUCAUUCAAUGGAACUUAAUAAUGAUAAUUUCAAUGAUAGUUUGAUAGAUGCACGCGUUGAAAUGGAAAGACUGAGGAAAAUCAAUGCAUCUAUGUAUCGUUACGCUGCCGAAUAUCUUUUAAAUAAAUAAAGAAAUAUGCUUCUAUACAUGAUUUAUGUAUCAUACAUUUGUGAUAUUAAAGUGAUUGACAAAGUUGUCAACUAUGUUCUGCAAAUUCAUAAUUA